GUUUAUUAUAUCCAAAUAGCUUCUUACAUAUUCAUUUUACUAUAACAUAACAGUUAAAAAAAAUCUUUUCUAGCCCUUAACCUAUACACUUUGUUCUCAGAUACAUGGUAUCAUAUCACGUCUUCAAGUAAUGGACAGGGUUAGGGUUAAAAGAUAAGUUAUCUGACUUUCCUCCUGACCCCGACCCUUCCUCUCACAACCGAACCCUACGAGCAACAUCUGCGACUGGAGGGGACACCAUACACAAUACCACAACCCGAAAUCCACGACACCGAGCCUCCACAGUUUAUUCCCCCCACCCACCCCUCUUACCCCAGCUCACACACAUGGCAAGUCCACUAUAAUGCCGACUCCCUCUCUCAACUUGCAAAUACCCUCCUACCUCGACGCCCACCUCCUCGACGCAAGGGUCUACUUGCCCGCAAGUUACACUGCCCCAACGACCCAACACUGGCACCGGAAGCUGGCCGUAAUCGGACAUCCAUACGCACCGCUCGGCGGAAGUUACGACGAUCGCGUAGUGCUGGAGGUUGUAGAGACGCUAUUGAGAGCGGGCUGGGUAGUUUCUACCUUCAAUUUUCGGUAUGACUGGAGAAAAAAAGGAAGAGAAAAAAAAGACACUUUGAACGAAGGCGGUUAAGGCAGACAAAUAGGCAGGAGGCUAAUUGGUGACCACCACAGAGGAGCACACGGAAAAGGACGAACGUCAUGGACAGGAAAACUCGAAGUUAAGGACUUUGCCUCGGUCGUGGUGUGGUGUUUGGCAUACGUGCAGUCGUUACCACCACCGGUGAUUCCGGUAUCGGCGGCUCCUCCAUCACGACUUACCGUGCCGGCGUCACCGUUGCGCGGGCUUCCGGAAGGGGAGAUGGUGGUGGAGGAGGCCGAGGAGGGUGAGGAAGGGAUGGAACUACUAAUAGGUGGAUACUCCUACGGGUCGUUAAUUGCCAGUCUAACGCCUCCAAUCCCGGACAUCCUGAAAUUGCUGAAGACACCGCCUCCUUCCACUCCCGUAUUCGCUAAAUCGCUUCUCACAGCGAGAGAAAGUGGCCGCAGAUGGCUGGAUACACACUCCAGCGCCCGAACCUCCUACAGUGGAACCUUCAAUCGCGCUGCGGUUCACGCCGCUCUCCAGCAGGAGGAGAAUAUAAAACUGGAAUGCGAACAGGCGCACCACGGUAUUGACAAGAGGUGGAAAGUCACGGCUCGAUAUCUGCUCGUGUCUCCCUUGCUCCCACCUAUAAGUAGUCUUUUGAUGGGUUUCGCCGGGAUGAAGGUCUGGAGCCUUGGUGGUGGAAGUGUAGACGAGGGCGAGAAGGGCAUUGAGGCUAUAGGUGCCAGAGUCCUAGCGGUCUAUGGGGACGGGGACACGUUCACGGGUGUUCGGAAGUACAGGAAGUGGAGGGAGAAGAUGGAGGGUGAGGGGUGGAGCGGUGUGGAGGUGGGGGGCGCAGGACAUUUUUGGCGCGAGGAGGGGGUCAUGGAGGUUUUGGUUGGCGAGGUGGAGGAAUGGGCGAGGGGGUAGAGGUUCUCUUAGGGUAUUGAUCGGAUGGUGGGGGUGGGGUCUUAUGGACCGGAGUUUGUGGACUUUGUGAUGUUCUGAUGAUGGUUCCCACUGGAUUUCAACCAGCGCUGUAUCGAUACUUUAAAGCUAGCCUUCGCGAUAGCCUAAUGUCUACUACGGUAUUCCCAUUACGCUAGUACGGUAUUCAUUAUUCAAUAGUAUGAAACCCCACAACGGGCAACAUGUAUGUGGCAUCCCAAACUCAAAUGACUCCCCCUCCAACUACCCGCCUCGCCAAGUUUAGCACGCCGAGCCACACUCCACCUCAACUCCGUACUCGAGUAGACUAACGAGACGUGCCCAUCCCCCCGCCUUCCAUAUAAGGCAACUCUACGCCGUGACUAAGCGACUCUGCCGGAAAAAAAAAUGAAGAAAAAAACGAUUGACAUUUCAUGAAGUUUAUGGAGGGGAUCCUAGUCAGUCCACGGAAGAGCAGGAUAUUGUCAUACCUUGUAAAUUAUUGGUUCACUGUAUUAUCAAUACCCGAGUAGUGAAGAGAGGAAAAAGAAA